UGUAGUAUUGUGCCAUACUACCAAGAACAGUCAGAAAUCGCCAUCCAUGUGGUGCACAAGGUGGUUCCUACCGCUGUUACUUUUGCCUCUCCCAACUGCUCAACCAUACUUUUUGGUGCUGUUCCUGUUUUCAUUAGCUUUGCACGCGAAACCAUGCUUCUACUGCAUUGUACUUCUCGGAGCUCUCUUUCUGUCGUCUUGUUAUUGGCAGUCAUUCCCAUUGGAGACGCGCCUCUCAAUUCCAUGGUCCUCCAAUAUCACCACCUUUUAUGACGCAUUAAAUGCAACCUUGCCACCCAAUUUCGACUUGCGUGAACACACUCCACCCAUAAUUCGCGUCAACGACAGAUGCUGGUGCGAUUUCACUUCGGGAAUUUUUGAAUCAUAUGAUAUGCGGAAAUGGGAGAGGGAAAGUGUGGAGAAACUGGCUGCAGAUAUGGUACAACAGCUGAAGGAUCGUACGAAGAAGCUCACCGGAGCAGAUGAGCUACCAAACGCUGAGGAAGAAACACCAUCAUCUGAGGAGACGCAUUCCCCAGCAAGUCAUCACACCGUGCACGUCAUACCUACCCAGAAGUCCACAUUAUCAGCGCUCCGUUCGAUGUUGGGCAAAACAGAGGCUCAAGCAUCACCACCCAUCACAGAUACGGAGCCGUCAACGGCAACGACACCUACACUGACAACAACGUUAGUUUCCAGCUCCAAGCCAUCCCCAUCGUCGCCGUCACCCCCUCGUCGACCACUUGAAUAUGAUCUUAAUCCGUAUGGCUUUGAUCUCAUCCUCGAUUUUCAUUGGUCUUGAGGUGGACAGGAAAAUUAGUGUAGGACGCAUGCUACUUAACACAGCUUGUAUCAAUAUCUUAAUUAUAGACUAUGCAAGCACUACUUCUGUAACCUGUUAUAUAUUUUCAUGUUUGUGCCUUC